GUGGAGUUACCGUUCUUUGUCCAUACUGGCAUCAUGACAACGCCCCCUAUUCGGAUUAUGUUUUAGGAGCAUGUGAUAUCUGUAAAGAGAUGUCCAAACGGGACAUAAAGUUUGCCCAGCACUAUGUGGAGUGUACACAGUGUGAGGCGAACGCUGAAUAUUACUGUAACACCUGUACCGACAACCUGUGUCAGGUAUGCCGGGACCGUCACACCAAGAGCAACGCUACCAAAUCCCACGUCAUCGUCUCCUACCAGGAGAAACAGACGACAUCUCCAAACACCGAAUCUUGCAGGAUCCAUCCAGAUUUCUCCUAUAUUAUGGUGUGUUUAGAAUGCCAACUUCCGGUCUGUCCGCGAUGUUUGAAAGAAAACCACGGCGGUCACACAUUCAAAAACACCGAGGAUGUACUGAAGGAAACUGAACAACCUUGUAAUCAGAGAAUCGAAAACAUCAAACGAUCUAUCAUUCCAAAGUGGCGCAAACAUUUAGCCACAUUGUCUGAGGAAAAAGUCACAUCAAAACAGACGAUCUCUAACAUCAGAACACAAAUGCGAGAAGAUGCCAAGGCGAUCAAGGAUUUAGUAGAUGUUAUUCUGGAGAAGAACUUCAAGAAAUUGGAUACUGAUGAGAAAAGUUUGAAUGAUGAAUUCAAAAACCAAGCCAGUCUCAUUUCGGAUUACAUCAGUAACUACGAACAGUUGAUUGAUGAGUAUGAAAAUGAACAGCAGAAACCUUUUGAGAAGUUGAUGUUGCGGAAAGAGAUACUACAAUCGGAUAUUAUGGAACUUCAGCUGUCAAAGGUAGAUAGACCAAGUUAUCAUCGCGAAAAUGUUAGCGAAAACGAUGUAGAAAAACUACUUGGAAAAUUAGCGGUACCCAAAAGAGCGGCUGGUGAAUCAUUAACACAGCCAGACAAGAAUCCCUCUGUGUCCAAGACACCCACUUCUACAACCACUUCUACCACUCCUAUCAAAUGUCAUGAAUUCACCUUGCCGUUCCCAGAGGCAAGACAUAUUUCAAAUGUCCCAAAUAACAAGUUUUGGAUUGGAGAUGAAAAGGGUCAGAUAAUAUUGAAAGAUAGCACAGGCAACAAACUAGAUGAAGUCAGAACCAAAAGCUCCUCCAUGACCGGUUAUUUUUCGGUGACUGAUAGAGGAGAUCUGUUAUAUAUCGAGAAAUCAGAGAGCAGCAUUAAGAUGUACAGGUCAGACAGGAGUACCGCCACCGUCACUACCACUAAAUGGACACCACUCUGUGUCUUCUCCUCUCGUAGGAAUGGCGACAUACUGGUUGGGAUGACAAAUGGUACCAGUAAGAAACUGGUUCGAUACGACAGAGAGGGUCAAGAACUCUGGCAAAGUCAGUACGAUGUCAGCGGUAAACCUCUGUAUAGCUACCCUGUCUAUAUCACGGAGAAUGUGAAUGGCGAUGCCUGUACGUCAGAUCGAGGCACCAAUGAUUCUGUGGUAGUGGUGGAUAGGGACGGAAAUCACCGGUUCUCCUACAGAGGCCAUAUGCAAAAAGCUGAAUCAAAAUUCACUCCUUAUGGAAUCUGUACUGACACAAUGGGGCGGAUCCUAGUAAUUAUUAAUGCUAACAGUAUCCACAUGAUUGACAAGGACGGAAACUUUAUUGCGAUCUUGAUGUCGUUGGACAAAGAGAAUGGGGUCUAUAUUGAGAAGGGAAUAUGCAUAGACAAUGGUAAUCUGUGGACUUGUGGAGAAAACAGAGUGAAAAUGUUCAAGUAUCUCGAUACUUCGUAAAUCGACAGUUGAUUACCUGAUUGUCAGCUUUUGUAUACAGUCUGUUUCCACACCAGAGCGUAGUAUUAAGGAGAUCAAGUACCUUAAGGACAGCAAACCCGCAGAUCUCACUUAGCAACCUUUGAGUGAAAUCAUUUAAGACAAUGCAUACUUUUCCCAUAACAAAAGUGUGCGACAUUCCAAGAGAUUGGGUUAUCACUGUCUCCAUGUCGAACACGGAACUCGAAAUAUACCCUUUACGCAUAGGAUUACAUCAACAUAUUAUGUAAGGGCGGGAAACCAACUCCACAAUAUGUAUCUACCCGUCUAUGUAUGCGAAUACCCAGCCACACAACAGGGGAUGUUAGCGUACCCAAUGUGUAUGUAAACAUUUCGAUGGACUUUUGGGGGGUUUGUAGUUGUAAUCUUUGCGGGGUUUUGUUAUGUAGUUGUAAUCUUUGCGGGGUUUUGUAGUUGUAAUCUUUGCGGGGUUUUGUAGUUGUAAUCUUUGAUUUUGCCACCUUGUUGGCACAUACGUAAUUUUUUCCAAAAUUGUAGAUCCUCUCCCUUUAAUUAAUAAACAAAGGUGACUGCCUCUCUUUCUAUCUUCGACGUAGAGGAAACACAAUGACGUAACUUCCAUUACCACGUGAUACACUUGUGAUAACAAAACCUGCCUGAGUUUCUUUAUGUAUUGUCAAUGUAACGUAGAAAGCGUGUUCAUUGAAAUCGGUGGUAAGUGACGAGUUUGUGGGACCCGUUGCCAAGCAUAUUUUACACUACAAAACGUACAGUUAGUAUUAAAAGAAAUCAUUUAGAUAUUUUCGUAAGUUGUCAUAAUGCCCAUGGAUACAUUUUAAGGUGGAUCGAUCCUCGUGUGAUAGCAUAAGUUUUUGCAAAAAACAUAUUAAUUUAAACUUCGCGCAUUAUAGAAAUACAUGUAUAUCUUUCAGAGGAAUUUUAUUCACUGGGUAAAACAAACAAAAAUUGUAAACUAUUGAUAGUGAAAAAGUUUCCAUAGAUAAUCAAUUAUUUACAUGUAUAAUGAAAAAAUUAUGUCAAGGGCAACAACUACCAUGUUGGUAUUUCCUCUACUGUAUGUCUAUUAUACAAUGAUUUCCCCAAGAUCCGCAAUUAAUUUAUUCAUAUUUAUAUAUUGGCAGUCUUUUCUGAACUGUUGACAUUAAAAUUCAUAAUUUUAACAA